AUAUACGGCAAGAGUGGGUGAUAACAUGUUUAACCUAAUGAAUAAAAGAUAGUAUUUUUGAGAAAACAUUUGCAUUUUGGGAUUUAAUAGAUAUUUUUAAUACCAAAAUGAGUUCAUUAGUUGUUGAUAUUCUUAAAACUACAGGUGAAAUAGGGACUGCUGAUUUGAAAGAUAAAAUAGUUAACAUUCAAAAAGAAAUAGAAAAAUUAAAAAUUGAUGUCAAAGAGUAUAUUGAAGAUAAUUAUAUUAACUUCUUACCGACACUUCAACAUGAUCGAGCUUUAAUUGAAAAGACUAAAAAAUUAUUAAAUGAAAUGGGUAGCUUGAAAGCUAAAAUUGAAGAUCAGAUAAAAAUAGAAUUAUCAGGAUCAAUUAAAGAAUUGAAAAAUCUUUCUCAAGCUCUUUUAGUAUCUAAUUUGAGCCUACAACUUUCACAUAAAUUACUUGAAAUAGAAAAAUUGAUUAGAACAGCUGAACAUCUUGAACAACAAAAAGAUUAUGUUCGUGCUGCUCAGACAUUAAAAAAUAUACAACUAUUGAUAAAUGAUGAAGCUAAUAGUGAUUUGCAUCUUAUCAACAUUUACUCAGCUCUUAGAGAGACAUAUGAGACCACCCAAGCUUCAUUACAAACAACAUUAUCAAAUCUUUGGGAAGAAUAUGUAAACUGGAGCAGUACUAAUGAUCUCAAUGGGCCUGAAAUAAUAAGUCUAACUAUUACCAGUAAUUCGGAAGAAAUAAAAAAUGUUAUUCAAGCCUUACAUUUCUUAGAUGAUCUUCCAACCUCUCUUCAUCAUUUUUCAAAUAAAUUGAUCGAACACAUCAUUCAUCCAAUUGUCAAUGAAGAGUGUUCGGUAUAUGUUCAAGAUCAGAAGGUUUUCAAUGUCGAAUAUUCGAAUAAAAAAGUCAAACCAAGUUACAAAAGUGUUUUGUAUAAUAUCAAAAUGUUAUUUGUAUUUAUUCAUCAACAUUUUGAUGUUCAAAUUGAGAACAAAACAUUUUUAAAUCGCUUGAAUAAUUAUAUGUGGAAAAAAUUGUCUGAUUUAUUGAUAAAGGAUUGUAUUUCUGAUGUUAUUCCAACAUCAAAUACACAGCUGAAGAAUUUCCAAGUAGUGGAACAAGAGAUUAAUGAACUAGAAACAUAUUUGGUUGAAAUUGGAUUUAUUACUGAUAAUGAGUGUUAUUUAUCAAUGCAUGUGAAAAAUAUUGAUACGUUAUAUAUUGAUAAAAUAUGCCAAGAUUUUCUAACAAAAGCUAGAGAAUUGGUCAAGAAAAACUUACAUGAUUCCUUCAAAUAUGAGCCUGAUAAGUUACUGGAAGAAGAUAACAUUAUAAAGAAUUUAAGAAGUAAACAUAGUUUAUCAGAAAAUAGUCUUCUUUUACCAGCUUGUCAAGUUAGUACAAAUGCUAAAGAAAUAUUGGAGCUGAUGCAUGUUAUUCUGAAUGAAGCUGUGCUGAAUCCAGAAAAAUUUGCAGUCAAAUUGUACUAUACAAGUCGAAAUGUGGUGGAGUUAUACAUAAAAGCUACUCCAGAAUAUCAUAAAAGCUUUUUAGAAACUAUUCCUAAUCAAGUUGCUUUAUUUCAUAAUAACUGUCUGUAUCUUGCUCAUCAUCUUCUCACUAUUACUCAUGAAUAUUCCAAUAAAAUUCCGAAUAUAAAUAAUUACAAUUUUUCAUACAUUGAUCUAACUUUGAAGCUGCGAGAUGUUGGUGUGAGAUUAUUUUUAAAUCAUGUCAAGCAUCAAAGAAAUAUCAUUAUAGAAAUAAUUGAAAAUGCCGGUCUUUCACAACUUGGUGGAAGUUUGCCAGCAACUGUAGAACGUGGUUUAAGACAAUGUAUUCGGCAACUAAAAUUAUUAAAAACAGUUUGGUUAAACGUUUUACCAAUGAAUGUUUAUUGUAAAACAGUUGGGUUAAUUUUGAAUUCAAUGAUUGAUGAUCUUAUUUGUAAAGUUGUCAUUGUAGAAGAUAUUUCAGUUGAUGUAGCUACAGAUCUAGUUAAUCUUUUCAAUAUGAUUAUUAACAGCGCACCCCAAAUCUUUCCGGAUGAGGAGCCAAUUACUAAUUAUGUUUCCAAGUGGCGAAAAAUGUUAGAACUAAUCAAAGUAUUGGAAGGUUCGCUAAAAGAUAUUGAGGAAAGAUGGGCACGUGGAAGAGGUCCAUUGGCAAAAGAAUUUACUGCUACUCAAGUUAAACAAUUGGUUCGUGCUCUUUUUCAAAAUACAGAAAGGAGAUCUGCAUUCCUAGCAACUAUUAAAUAACUUUCUAAUUAAGUUACAACCCUAAUUAUGCAAUUGAUUAAUUUUAAGAUUGAAGAUUCUUUGUACUGCUAAUGAUAUGU